GGUCAUCAGCAGGCGCCGUCGUCCUCCAUGUUUCUCUCAGCUCCUCUUUUUCGAGCUUUGUAUCAUGAUAUCUCCGUCAGAGAGCCUCACAGAAAUACAGCGGCGGAUAGAUGAAGUCAAGCGGUUUCUGUCGAUCACUCUCAGCAUCGCAAACGCUCACACUGUGGAGUUUUACACUCAUGACGUGUGGGAGAGGUUUGUGGCCGUGUCUCCUCAGGAAGUGCUGUCAGCGGUGAGCUCAUGCAGUGACCAGCAGAGGGAGCCAGAGCGCCACAGCAAAGAACACUCAAAGACCACAUUCGGCUUUUGCAGCGACACAGGCCGUCUGGUUGAUACCUAUGAACUGCUGCAGGCGGCCAAGGCUCACUCUCUCCCUGGCCUUGGAGUGUGUAUGAGCAGAGAUGAGCUACUGUGGACCCUCGGAGAGCCUGGGGGAGAGAAAGGUGCUGAGCUGGAGCCAGACGAGUUUAUGAACUCUAAGAAAUCUCAUGAAGUUCAGUCCAUGUCAGAGGUGGUGGCCUGUUUGGCCCAGCACUGUGGAGUCAAACAGGUGAUAGAUGUGGGUUCAGGAAAAGGCUACCUCAGCUCCUUCCUGUCUCUGCAGUACGGCCUUAGAGUCUACGGCAUCGACUCCUCAAGCACCAACACCCACGGAGCCCAGGAGAGGAUCAGGAAGCUGAAGAAGUUCUCAAAGGCUUACCAGAAACACAGUAAGGCAGUGAGAGCACAGGGAGAGGCCUCUCAGUCACCUCAGGAGAAUGAAGAAGGAAUGAAAGAUGAAGUUCAUGGAGACGAAAGAGCAACGGAAGAGGAGGAGGUGCUAAACUGCUUACCAGACGUCAAUUCUGCGAUAGAGAAGCAUUCAGAGCCCCACCCAGAAACAGACGAACUCUUCCUUAGCGCCCUGUCAGUGGAUGUUAUCAGGACUACACCUCCCAGAGUUCCUCCAAGCCAGCUGAGUGAAGAGGAGAGGGAGCGAAGGAAACGGGAGAACCUGGAGAGGAAGGCUAGAAACAGAACAGACAGUGCUAACACCAUGUUUUCACCACUCACGUCUUACGUCACAGCGGAAACAGAGCUGCGAGAGCUCAUCAACGAGCUGGAGGAUGCGGUUGUGGUCGGCCUGCACACGUGUGGCGACUUGGCUCCCAGCACCCUAAGAAUGUUUGUGGCUAAAGCGGAGCUGGCUGCAGUCUGCGGUGUGGGCUGCUGCUAUCACCUGCUGUCUGAAGAGUUUGAUCCUGCCAGACAGGAGUGUGUGAGCAGUGUUUGUGGUUUCCCUCUGAGUCAGUACCUCCGUCAUCAGUCCUGGUUCUGUGGCAGAAACGCCAGGAUGUCUGCAUGUUUGGCACUGGAGAGAGUUUCAGUGGGCCAAGGGAUCCAGAUGGAGUCUCUGUUUUACCGCGCAGUCCUUCAUGUCAUUCUGAGGGAUCAAUACAGCUCAUUUAAAAGUGAAAAACGAGUCGGGAACGUCUACUCCAAAGCUAAAUCCUUCGUGGACUACGUUCGCCGAGCUCUGCGCAGACUGGAGUUGGAUGACUCAAAGCUUUCUGACAGCGACAUCCAACAUUACCACGACAGCUACAGGCCCAGAAUGGACGAGAUGCAUGCGUUCAAUAUGUUGAAAGUGGCUCUGGCUCCCUGCAUCGAAGGUCUGAUUCUCCUGGAUCGCCUCUGCUUCCUUAAAGAGCAGGAGGGUUUAUCUUUCUCAGCACUGGUGCAACUGUUUGAUCCCCUGCUGUCACCGAGAUGCUACGCUGUCGUUGGACUGAAGAGUCAUGAGGGAAGAUGUUCAAGCUGAUUAAAUUAAACAUAUGUACAUGAUUAUAGUCUGCUUUUCAGGGCUCAUGACUUUCUGAUUAUAUCAGUAAUCAAAGUCAGGGAUUAUUGUAGUUUCUGUUCUUUUUUUACUCAUGUAUGAUUUAUUUACACUGUCUCUGUAUUACAUGUUUUGUUUUUUAAAUAAAAAGUAAGAAAUGAGGGCGUAAGGGGAGGUAGAGCAACAGCAUUAUCCAGCUCUGCAUCUCUAGUCCUCUUUCCAAGCUCUCUCUUUA